AUGGGGGUAAAGACAACGAUAAGUCAUUCGAAGUAUUUUGGAUUGCCGGUUGUGUUCGGGAGAUUAAAAAAGGAAGUAUUUGCCCUGGUUGUGGAGAAGGUUUGGAAGAAAGUUAAAGGAUGGAAAGAGGAAUUCUUGUCAAGGGCCGAGAAAGAGAAAGGAUCUCGAUGGAGAAUCGGGAAUGGUGAGAACGUCUUGAUUUGUAAAGACAGAUGGAUCUUUGAAAAUGCUGGUUUUCGAGUUACUGGGAGAGUCCAUGGCCUGGAUGAAGAUUCCUUAGUUAACUCUCUUAUUGAUAAGGAUCUUGGUCAAUGGAAGCGUGAUCUCAUUUUUUCUACUUUUGAAGCGGAGGAAGCAAAGCUCAUUGCCAGCAAAUCCCCUGGUCCUUCAAGGCCCCCUGACUUGAAGCUUUGGAAAGAAAUCUGGAAGGCGUCAGUUAAUCAGAGAAUUCGUAACUUUCUAUGGAGAGCUUCCAAGAAUGUUCUGCCAACAAAGGAGAAUCUCAUCAAAAAGGGGAUAAGGCUGGAUGUUGGGUGUAACUUCUGCCAGUCUUCCUCUGAAUUGGUUCAACACCUCUUCCUCGACUGUAAGUUCGCAAAACAUGCCUUCUUCUCCUCUAUUCUUAGCUUCAGGCUUCCUCAUUCUGUGGACUUUAACGAUUGGCUGUUUAGUGUGCUUACUUGUGGCGACAAAUUCAGUGUUCAACUGCUGUGCACACUGACAUAUAAGGUGUGGCUUGCCCGUAAUCUUCAGAUUUAUCAACACACGGUGUUGAAUCCAAUUCAGGUUGCGGAAGAGGCUCUUAACUGCGUCUGUGAAUUUAAUGCGUGGUAUCCGGAUGUUGGUCCAGAGCAGCGGCAUCGUGUUUCGCAAGAGGAAUACUGUCCCAGAAACCUCAACAUUAUGCAGGUGGAUGCAGGAGUCUUUACUGAUGGGUCUGCAGCGUAUGGCUGUGUUGUAAAGGAUGCAGAUGGCAAAGUGUUGCUGGCUGCGUGCAGAAAAGAGAGAUUUAUGUGUCCCCUUUGGUGGCUGAAAUUCAAGCUUUGA